AAUCAACAAAAGCAACAGCAACAACUAAAGCCAACUAGUCGAAUACUUAACGUCACCAGCCAUGAAACGGACCUACCUGUUGCUUUGCCUUAGUCUGCUGACCUGUAAUGUGGCCAAUUCGGCUCUUCUGCGGCCUCUGGAACUAAGCAAAUCCUCAUCCAUCUCAAGCCUGCAGCAACAACUGAACCUUAACAAUAACAACAACAACAACAACAACAAUAAUGACAGAUCCAAUGCCAAUGAUGAUAAUGAUGAUGACAGCACAACCUUGACUCCCAACUCAAGCGAGGAUUACGAUAGUCGUCCACAAUAUAGUUUUGCCUACGAUGUCAGAGAUUCGCUGACCGGUGAUGAUAAACGUCAGGAGGAGAAACGUGACGGUGAUCUGGUACAGGGCCAAUACUCUCUAAUUGAACCCGAUGGCACUCGCCGCAUUGUGGAGUACACCGCUGAUGAUUUGAGUGGAUUCAAUGCCCGUGUAUCCAAACAGCGUCUGGAUGAACAGCAGCAAUUGGAAAGAAGCAGCAGCUCAACCUCUCGUUUCAAUAGCAUUGAAGAAUUGCAAUCUCGUUUAACUGCCCAAGCCAUUGCCGAAGCUCGUAGCCUAGCCGAAGCCCAGCAGCAGCAACAACUCCAAUUGGAAGCCCAAACGCGUCUCGAAUCCGAAAAUCAAGCGCGUGUCCAGGCCCAGCAACUGAUGGAGCAAUUCCAGCAGCAAGUCCAGCAACAACAACAGGAGCAACAGCGUCAACAGCAAGAGCAACAAUUGAGGGAUUUGCAGCGUCUGCAGGAACAGAGGGAACGUGAGCAACGUGAACGGGAGCAACGUGAUCGUGAGCAGCGUGAACGUGAGCAGCGUGAGCGUGACUUGAGGGAGCGUGAAUUGCGUGACCGUGAAUUGCGGGAGCGUGAAUUGCGUGAGCGGGAAGAACGUCGUCAACAGCAGCAGCAACAGGAUCGUCGCCAACAGCAGCAACAGCAACAACGUCUCUUGGAGCGUCUCAACUCGGAACAGCAGAGCCUAAUCCUGCCCAGCUCUGGUCAGUUGCUUGGUCAAAGUGUACAGGCCACUCUGGUCUCCCAUCCACCCACUUUGUUGGCCCGCUUGCCUAGCAGCAGUGCCACCACCACAUCCACCUCUAGCCGCACCACUUUGCUCUCCCGCGAUCGCGAUCUGGAGGCCUGGCGUCAGUUGCCCCGCACUCGUCUCACCAUUGAGCGUAGCGAUAGCAAUCAGCCCUCUUUGAUCCUGACCCAACCCUCAAGCGCCUCUGUCCAGGCCCAAUUGAUUAGCUCGCCUCUGCUUUUGGAUUCGGCUAAUCUGAAUGGUUUGAUCUCUACUCGUCUCAAUGGCAAUGCAUUGCGGGCCGGUGCCGCAUUGAGCUGGUCCCAGGGCAGACGUCUGCUGGGCAAUGAUCUCUGGCAAUUGGAUCGAUUGGAUCAGGAUGAGCGUCGUCAGGAUAAUCGACGUGAUAGCGAAGAACUGCGUUCAGCUAGCAGCUCGGAACGUCUCAGUUCUUCAUCAUCGUCGUCGUCAUCAUCAUCUCGUCUCAAGUCCUGGUAAAAAGCCAAGUCUAACUCCAAGCUGAACUUCAACUGACCUCAAUUAAAUGGCAAUCAAUGGAUCACGAUUAUGUUAUAUAUAUGUAUACAAAUAAGACUUGUGUCAUUCUAGUGAUAUCUCUUAUCCUUGGGAUUUUGGUAAAACUUUCUUUCCCUUUGUCUAUCUUUGUUACUUUGCUCUCUCUCUCUGUCUUGACCAACUAAUGCUUAAAGUUUUUCCUUUGCUAACUUUUAAU